AUGGCCGGCAUCCCGGAGGGCGAAUUCACUUUGAAGAUGGGGAAAACGUUCACUACGCCGCUUCAGGAUCGCCCGGAAUACCACACGUUGCGCUAUGACUUCAAGCCCCAAAGUGUCACCUCCAACACCACCGACUCGUUUAUUCGCAUGGGCACCGAAGAAGUUCAGAUUGUCCAUGCGGAUCAGGGCGACGAUGUCUCGAUUUUUCAAGGGGUCCAGAAGCCAACGUGCUCCGAAAAGGAAUGUCUAUUUUUCUACGACGAGACCACGGGCGCAAUCACCAUCGAAAAACUCGACAGCAACAUUUUCGCCAAACAGUCGAGAUCUAUGGACAUCAAGCGGGACAUGCUCAAGAAAAUCGAACGAAUGCGGCCCGGGGGCUCGAAAGAGACGGCUUCGUGCUCCCGGCCGUCUGAACAUCGCGACGAGCUUUUGGACGACGUCUCCGGCGCGUCCCCUGCCUCAACAUCAACACGUACAACAUCCUCAAGCCCUCAUUCAACGGUUUCUGCCGACAAAUCCGUGUCCAAGUCGCCGUUCGACUACCUCGACGAACCGUGCAAGCCCAAGAAGCAACAACCGGACUCCACCUUACUCGUGGAACUUGAGCUGAGCGAGAGCAGCUCCGAAGAUGAAGCC